AUGAGGCCUGGGAGCAGCCUGGAAUUUGUCCUUUUGUUUUGGGUUUUUGGGGAGGUGGCUGCACCCAGCCCCUGGGGCUCUAUUCGGGGGGAGGUAAAGCUAUGGAGACCUGGAGCAGCCUCUGCUCCUCUGGGAUAUCCCAGAGCCUUUUCCCAGCCCUGGGCAUGGGUGGAUAUUUCCCAGCUCCAGGCUGCAGCCCCUCUGCACCCCGUGGCUGUGCAGUGCCAGGAGGCUCAGGUGAUGGUCACGGUCCACAGGGACCUUUUUGGGACAGGGCGCUUGGUCAGGGCUGCAGACCUGAGCCUGGGCUCAGCUGCUUGUCCCCCAGCAUCCUGGAGUUCUGCUGCUGAGCCCCCCCUCAGGGUCACCUUCCUGGCUGGGCUGCACGAGUGUGGCAGCACCCUCAGGGUCACCCCUGAUGCUCUGGUCUACAGCACGAGUUUAAAUUACAAGCCAGCUCUUGCUGGCAGCCCUGUCAUCAUCCGGACCAGCCCUGCCACUGUCCCCAUCGAGUGCCACUACCCCAGGAGGGACAACGUGAGCAGCAAUGGAGUCAAACCCACCUGGGUGCCCUUCACCUCCACCCUGUCCUCUGAGGAGAAGCUGCCCUUCUCCCUGCACCUCAUGAAUGAGGACUGGAGUGCUGAGAGAGGCUCUGCUGUAUUCCAACUGGGAGAAGUCCUCCACUUCCAAGCUGGUGUCAGCCUGGAGAACCAUGUGCCCCUGAGGCUCUUUGUGGACAGCUGCGUGGCCAGCCCAGCCCCAGGCAGGAGCUCUGCUCCCCACUACACUUUCAUUGACUCCAGUGGGUGCCUGGUGGAUGGGCAGUUGGAUGAUGCCACCUCGACUUUCAUAUCCCCAAGACCCAGGCAGGAUGUCCUACAGUUUGCAGUGGAUGUGUUCAGGUUUGCAGGAGACUCCAGCAAUCUGAUCUACAUCACCUGCCACCUGAAGGUCUCCCUGGCUGCCCAAGCUCCUGACCCUUUGAACAAGGCUUGUUCCUUCCACAAAGCCAGCAACCUCUGGGCUCCUGUGGAAGGCACCCAGGAUAUCUGCUCCUGCUGUGAGAUGAGGAGCUGUGCCUUGGCUGGGAGUUCCAGUAGGCUCCAGGUUCCUUCCCAAAGGCAAGGAGAACGUGCCAGGAGAGAGCUGCCCUCCAAGCGUGAUCCCUUGGUGGGAGAAGGGGAUGUUGUGGUUGGACCUCUCCUCAUCCACAGCUGGCAGGACCACAGAGGGAGAAGGAUGCCUUCAGAAGAUGCAGGCCACUUGUGGAUGGUACUGGGGCUGGCCACGGUUGCUGGUUUGGUUCUCCUGGUCCUCGUGGUUUUGGGAACUCUGACAGUCUGCCCAAAACCCAGCAACCCUCUUUAAACCACUGG